AUGUCAAGACUCCGCAAUGAUGAAACUGACCUGGUAAUGAUACCAAUGCUAAGCCAAACAGAUGAUGAUGACAAUAGAGAGAAAGUAUCUAACUCGUCAAAUGAAAGAAAUAAAAAGUGUAUGAAGCUCAUGAUAUGGGGGCACAUCCUUUUUGUAUUAACAGUUUUGUUUGUUUUAUUGAUUUUACUGAUCAGAAAAGAUAGUAGAAAUAUUCAUGAUAGCAGUGGUUCGUCUGUUAUUCUGCAACCACUACUGAAUGAUGUCGUGAACUAUUCUUCGUUCAUUAAAGAUAUCGAAAAGGGUGCUAGUUUGGAAAUCAUUUUCACUAUUUCAGGAAUAACGAUGUUUGCAUCAUUAACAUACGGUGUCAUCUUUGGACCUAUUGGAGCUGCGUUAUUGCCAUUGAUAGGAACUGCUGGAAACUACAUCGUAGCUUCAUUUUUCGCUUCUGCUACCACUGGUUUGGUACUUUACGGUGGGGUCAAUUUGUGGGAAUGGUACGAUAGUUCUCUCUGGGAAGAAUUAAGAAAACGUAUGUAUGACUAUUGA